GAGCUGAAUCGAAAUUCUAGCCGCGCACACUUGGAGUCGGCACGUGAGAGCGGCAUAAUGCUGGAUCUGCUAGCAUUGCUGUUCAUCACAAUGUCCCUCGGACUCUGGUAUGUGCGCAUUAAGAUGACCUACUGGGUGCGACGCCGCAUCUGCCAUGAGCACCCAAGUUUUCCAAUGGGUAACAUGCAAGGACUGCGCACGCAGCGUCACAUUAAGGAUAUAUUGACGCCUAUGUACGAAGCUUUUAAAGACUGCGGCGAUCCCUUUGCUGGAAUGUACAUACUGCUGCGACCAGUGGUGCUGGUGCUGGAUCUGGAGCUGGCCAAGCAUGUGCUGAUUAGAGACUUUCCCAAUUUUGAGGAUCGCGGCUUGUAUCACAACGAGCAGGCAGAUCCGCUGACAGGCCAUCUGUUUCGACUGGAUGGCGCCAAGUGGCGCGCACUGCGUCAAAAGAUGACGCCCGCCUUUAGCUCGGGCAGAAUGAAGUAUAUGUUUCCCAAUAUUUGUGCAGUGGGCGCAGAGCUGGCGACAGUGUGUGGCGAGCUGGCGGAGAACUCCAUUUGCAACAUUGUGGAUGUAAGCGAGCUAAUCUCGCGCUACACCUCGGACGUCAUAGGCAGCUGCGCCUUUGGGCUCGACUGCAAUGGACUGCGCAAUCCGCAGGCAGAGUUUGUGCUCAUGGGACGACGCGCAUUUCGCCAGCAGCGCCAUGGACAGCUGGUCACUGCUUUGAUAGAGAAUUUACCCAACUGGGCGCGUCGUCUACACAUGCGUAUUGUGCAUCAGGAUAUUAGCGACUUUUACACGCGCAUAGUUAGGGACAUAGUCAAGCAGCGCGAGGAGCAGCGUAUAGUGAAAAAUGAUUUCAUGCAUUUGCUCAUUGAGAUGAAGCGACGUGGCGAGAUUACAAUGCAGGAGCUAACAGCGCAGGCUUUUGUUUUCUUCAUCGCCGGCUUUGAUACAUCCGCAUCGACUACGGCGUUUGCGCUUUACGAGCUGGCCAAGCAGCCACAGCUGCAGCUGAUGCUGCGUGCGGAGAUGGAGCUGGCCUUGGAGCAGCAUGACAAUGAAUUUAACUACGACACUAUGCAGGAGCUGCGCUACAUGGAGCUCGUCAUAGCAGAAACCCUACGCAAAUAUCCCAUAUUACCACAGCUAACCCGCACCUCUGCCCAUUACUACAUAGCCAAAAACGAUCAUCACUUUUACAUUGAGCCCGGACAAAUGGUGCAGAUACCCAUUUACGCUAUACAAAACGAUCCGGAUAUUUAUCCGGAGCCGCACAAAUUCAUACCCGAGCGUUUUCUGGCGCACCAAAUGUCACAGCGUCCUACCGCCUCCUGGCUGCCCUUUGGUGAUGGACCACGCAAUUGCAUUGGCAUGCGAUUUGGCAAAAUGCAAACGACCAUUGCCUUGUUCCAGUUGCUGCGCCAGUUUCAGUUCAGCGUUUGUGCCCGCACCGAGUCCAAAAUACAAUUUGACAAAAACAAUUUAUUGUUGUCUCCAGCAAAUGGCAUUUAUCUUAAAGUAGAGAAGCUGCAUAAGUAAAGUUACUUAGAUUAAUUUUUAAU